GAAGUUAAAAAUCAAUACGGUUCUGUAUACUAGCCCGACGAGUUUUGGUUGCUUUUCCAUAAUAAAUCGACAAACAUAUGUAAAAAUGUUUUUUAUAUUAGAUACGAGAAAAUUAAUCAAGAUUUUAUUGGGACAUUAAUAAACAUGAAAACGGUGAGCAGCGAUGCUUGAAGGUCAAGUGACGAAAAUGAUAAGACCGAAAAUAUAAACUAUUGUGAAUGAAAAAAUUGACUAACAGCAACAAGUAGUGACGUAUAAUCCUAAACUUUAUCUCAGUUACAACAUUCUAGAGAUUAGUGUAUAAAAACGGGAUUCAAUACUUGUCAGCUCGUAGUCUUUAAUAAAUUUCCGAUCAAUCUGUUAGCUACAAAACCAUGGCAACGGCAACUAACGGGAUGAAUGGCGUUUCGGCAGCUAAAAAAAUGAACGGACAUUUUGAGAAAGGAGAAAAUGACAAAUAUACUUACGAAACUUUGGUGGAAACUGCGAAUUUUUUGAAGAGUCUUGUAUCUAUAGAACCGAAGAUUGGUAUUAUUUGCGGAUCCGGUUUGGGUGCGUAUUGGAACGAAGGUACUUUGGCGGACGCAUUAGACGACAAAAUAUCAGUAGCUUACGAAAAAAUUCCAAAUUUUCCACGAAGUACGGUAAAAGGUCACGCCGGAGCCCUAGUAUUCGGGUACUUAUCCGGCGUCCCCGUGGUGUGUAUGAAAGGGCGUUUCCAUUACUACGAGGGUUACCCUCUGUGGAAAUGUGCAAUGCCAGUCAGAGUUAUGAAACUCCUCGGAGUCACUCAUCUCAUAGCAACGAACGCCGCCGGCGGGCUAAACCCGAGAUUUAAAGUAGGUGAUAUCAUGCUUGUAAAAGAUCACAUAAAUAUUAUGGGUUUUGCCGGUAAUAAUCCCUUGCAAGGACCCAACGAGGAGAGAUUCGGCCCUCGAUUCCCCCCCAUGAACGCGGCUUACGAUAAGGACCUCAGAAAUCAAGCGAAAAAAAUCGCGAGAAACCUCGGUUUGGAAAAAGAUAUACACGAAGGGGUUUAUACUUGCUUAGGCGGACCCAACUUCGAAACCGUGGCGGAAUUGAGGAUGUUGAAAAUGUUGGGGGCGGAUACGGUGGGGAUGUCGACCAUUCACGAGGUUAUCACGGCUAGACAUUGCGAUUUAACGGUUUUAGCUUUCAGUCUUAUCACUAACGAAUGUAUAGUCGAAUACGAUAGCACGGAUAUCGCUAAUCACGAAGAGGUUCUAGACGUGGGUAAAGCCAGACAGGACGUACUACAAAAAUUCGUUAAACAAAUAGUUGAACACAUCGCCACAACGAAGGAAUACAAAAAAUAAUUAGAUUACUUCGUAAAAAUUAUUUAUUAUAAUUGAAAUCUUCAUUUUUUUUUUUUAAAUAAAGCUUGUAUAAUAAUUGUUUUUUUUUUU